AUCUCAACGGUCAACCCGUGGAUAUUUUCAUUUAUCUACAGCCGAGGAAGGCUUAGGCGAAUAUCUUUCCAUUCAACAUCAAAGCCUUCGGUCUCUUAUUUAUAAAGAGAUCUCCCUUUCCAACCCCCUGUUUGUCAAUCCUCUGCCAACUUCACUGCUAUGGCACACUAUUCUCCCAGUAUGUCAAACUCACACUAUGUGGUUGACAGUGACGCUUCGAGCACUUCAUCGCCCUCUCCUAGCCUUGAAAGCUGCUCAUUAGAUCCCGCCUUUUCAACGGCAGCAUCUGGAACGGAUGAUGUCUUCCGGGCCGUUGUCAAAUGUCGAAAAAGUUGGAAGACACUGAAAGGAGGGAAAGUAGUAUGGCCAUUACAUCUCGAGGCCGCUUUGCUUGAAGGACUAUCUCUUUAUCAGCCUGAUAACUCGAGAGAGACGCUAUUACUCGGUCGGUUCCCCAUGCGCAAUAGGUUCAUCUCCGAGCACAUUCUCAAAACAACCGGCGAGUCACGAACCGCAAAGCAAGUCGGUAGCCGUUUACAACAACUGAGAGAUACCUGCGGUGGGGGCAGAAAAUUACAAAAAUUGCUUUCACCGGUUCUGAAUUCUGGAGCCCCUAUCUCCAAUCGGUCGCAUUAUUCACUUCGACGUUCUGGUUCUCGCUCGUCUGUGCACACUGCUGGAUCAUCGUCAGUUCCCACCUCACCCAUAUCCCAAGAGCUAGAAUUCUCACUGUCCUCGAAUGUGAUGUAUAUCGACAUUGUACCUGAAGAUGGUCCUUCUUCUGUGGGACGGAAAGGAUCUUCCCACAUCGAUAUCACCAGCUCCCGGGAUGCAAUCGUAUCUUCGGCGCAUGGUCCUCGACCCAUCAGAAGUAUCAAACCAUCCCUAGCGUUCACUUCGAGUUUCGACGCCUCCGUAGCCGCGCAAUCAAUGUUCACCAUAUACUAUGCUGACGUCUGUUAUGAAGAUCAGUCUGUGUUGACCGCCAUGGUCAACCAAGCCGCCCCUGGAGGCGCUACUUUGUACACAUGCGACUUGGUCCCCAGAUACUGGAACAUGAUCUGCAACAACCCUACUAGCUUCACUAUCCAGCAUCGCGUCAUUCGAGAACCAUACUCAUCUUUCUCUGAACCAACGACGUUGUUCUCUGCGACGUACAAGUUCCGUUACGUGCCAGAGAAAGUAUCUCCUCCGCAAAUCUCUCCAUUCUCUGCGGUAGAUUCUAGUAUCGGCACGUUCCAAGAAAUGGAUAUCUCGAGUUAUCGAGAGUACAACGGCCCUGGUUACAGCACCGGAAGUGUUUCAGAAAUGUCAUCGAGCUACGACUCCAAAUGGGAUUGUUUCAAUGACCUUUCUGGCGGACAGAGAGGAUAUACCUCACUUCCGACAACCCCCGAUUGUUGGGAUGAAUACAAUGCUUCCAGCAUUGAUGGGAGUUGCUCGAGUUCAUCCUCCCCAACUACAUCGAGCUUCCCCCAACAUUCGCAGUUUUAUCCCUUGCACCAGAUAUAAUCCAGGAAAUAUACAAAGUGACUUACAAGUGUCAUUCUAAGUUAUACUCAUAUUUAUUGUACGUUCUGUAUGAGAACAAAACGCCCUGUUUCUUGCUGUAGUCCAAGACUCCUCGAGUUCAGGACGCUCUUGUCGUCUUUGUAUGAUUAAUACGUAUACCAGUCCGGACUUUACCACUAUUCUAACCUCAAAUCUCAAAAUGCAUUUGAACUAGUAUUUUACAACGAUUUUGCCUCGAUGUCACAUUUGAGCUUAGUGAAUCGACUGUAGAGGAUGAACUGAGAACGCCUGUCGCAAGAAUACUUACUAUAUCAUGGAGCACGGAGAUCCUAAAUCAACUUCGAGCUCAACAUAGCUUCGGCCUGCCUACUCUCUUCGCUCCCGGGACCAUAUAUUUUUAGGCAGA